GUGAAAGUAGCCUCCAUCAAUGUUGGCACUUCUGACUGGUUUGACUCGUGGGAACAGAACGGGAAUGAAGGGACCUGGCAACAGAAGACUCCCAAGUUGGAGCUGUUGGGUGGAGCCAAGUACUAUCUAGAAGCAGAGCAUCGUGGGAUAGCCCCAAGCAGAGGAAUGAGAAUUGGUGUCCAGAUCCACAACACUUGGUUGAAUCCUGAUGUGGUUACCACUUACAUUCGGGAGAAACAUCAGAUCCGAGUCAGAGCCCAGAGACUUCCAGAAAUACAGAUGCUGAAUGUGUCAGGCAGAGGAGACUUUUCCCUUACGUGGGGCAAUGUCUCUAGCCAGCCAGUCCCUACAAAUGCCACAGCCCACCAGAUUCAAACGGCCCUUGAGGAGUUACUUGCAGUAAAAUGCAAACUGGAACCUGUUUCAGCUAACAUCCUAUUCCGGCUUGGAUUUGAACAAGGUCUAGAAGGUUCCAGCUCUGAUGGGGUCCUCACCUUUGGGUCUGAGCCCUUCUGUGGCAGAUUCAGCCUCCGCCAGCCUCAACACCUUGUCCUAACCCCUUUGGCUGCUCCUAAGGGAUAUCGGCUGGAUCAGUACCCACAUCUGUGUAUGGCAUACAAAGGCCACAUAAAUACAAUCCUGAAGAUGAUGGUGUCUUUCACGAUUGGCUUUCAAAGUGUCAUAAAGAAAAACAUCACCUGCGACUGGAGUCUCAUGGGAACUAGCUCUGAGAGCUGGCAGUUCACUUGCACUGACCUCUGGGACACAUGUGUGCUCCCCUUGGGGGAUCUCCAGUCCCCUCUGGCAAAUGCUCCACUGCUGGUUCAUCGGAUUGACCUCUUCCUUCUGGCUCAGGAGACAGGCCUGCUCUAUGUGGAUGAAAUUAUUAUUGCCAACACAGAUGUAACAGUUUCUCAAGCUGAGUCUGGAACUGCUCACCUAGGCAGACAUCUGGUGGAAUCAAUCUCUGUGGUGGGGUCCUCUCCCGUCUAUACUGUAGCCUUCUGGUUGGUGGGGUGUGACACUGAGCUCCCCCUCAUCACUGCAAGCUCUGUGCCCACUGAAGGAGCAGAGGAGGGGUUUGGACUCAUCAAGGUGACGACACAGAGACUACAGAAGACAAGCCCGGCUUUGGGAGGAUACUUUCGCAUUCAACUUUUGAAUACACUGAUUCCUGAUGUCCCUGUACAUAUUUCUGCUAGUCAGCUUCAAAAGCUCCUACAGGGGAAUGCUGAUGACUUCACAUCCAGAUUUCUCAAUGCUACUGACUUCACUGUGGACGAUCUAAACUCUUGCUAUGAACACGUAUGGACCCUUUACUGGACUACCCAGAUUGGGGACUUGCCCAAUUUUAUCAUGGUCUCUGAUCAAAAUCUCUCCGGAGUGAAUCCUGCUGCAACCACUCGUGUGGUAUAUGAUGGUGGAGUUUUCCUUGGACCCAUAUUUGGAGACAUGUUGGCUACUGCAAACCAGCAAACUCAGGUGACUGUGCGAGUGAAUGACAUACCAGCACAUUGCCCAGUCUCCUGUCCUUUCCAGUACCUCCAAGGGUCAACUCCCAGGGUCCACUCUGUGUGGUAUUCUCUUGACGGUGACAUCAGCCUCCUGGUUCAUAUUAUUGGAACUGGUUUCUCUGGUGACCCCCAGUCCAUACAGGUUACAGUGAACAAAGCAAGUUGCAAAGUUGUUCUCUCAAACCACACAAAUGUGGCCUGUCGGACAGACCUGCUGCCAGUGGGAAGGCAUGAGAUCUCGAUGUUGGUGAGACCCUUUGGUCUUGCUGUCAAUGCCAGUGGAGAAGGAUUCUUCCUAUAUGUAGAACCCAGACUGGACACGGUGGAGCCUAGCAGAGCUGCAGAGAUUGGAGGACUUUGGGUCACCAUCCGAGGCUCUAGUUUGGAAGGUGUUAGCCUAGUGUUAUUUGGAUCUCAGCCUUGUGCCAUCAAUGCCACCGUAAGCAAUUCACGAGGAAUUCAAUGCAAGGUUCCACCCAGGGGGAGAAGUGGAUACACUGUGAAUGUGACUGUGAUCGGAGGGGAAUAUUCCACAGUUCUUCACAGAGCAUUUACAUAUGUCUCCUCCUUAAAUCCAGUUGUUGUGUCUCUGAGCAGAAACCGAAGCAACAUAGCAGGAGGUGAGAUGCUUUUUCUUGGAAUGGCACUGCUGGUGAACUAUACAGACCUGGAUAUAGAAGUCCGUGUCCAGGACACCUUGGCUCAGGUUCAAGCACAGACGGCUCUGGGCCUGGAGGUGGUGCUGCCCCCACUGCUGGCUGGCCUCCACAGGAUUUCAGUCUCCAUCAAUGGCAUCAGCAUUCACUCAGAAGGAGUUGAUCUCCACAUCCAGUAUAGCACGGAAGUUUUCAGCAUCGAGCCUUGCUGUGGGUCGCUUCUGGGUGGAACGACCCUCCUCAUCUCAGGAGCAGGGUUCAGUAGGGACCCAGCUUUGGUUUGGGUACUUGUUGGCAAUCAUUCCUGCGAAAUUGUAAACUUGACGGAUGUGAGCAUCUGGUGUGAGACCCCUCCGGCCCCCCUGCUGCCUGAUACAGAUGCUCUUACUGUCCCAGUGCCUGUGGAGGUCUGGGCUGGCAACACGUCCUUCAUCCAAGGACCAUCACCAAGUUUGGUGGGGAAGGAACUUACCUUCAUGUACGAUGCAGCAACGACACCAGAAGUCACUGCAAUGUGGGGGGAAAUCAUGAACAACAGCCUGAUGUUGUACGUGGAAGGAAAUAACUUUUCCAACUCAGCCGUCCUUCUGGGGAGCUUGAGAUGUGAUCUUGAGGCAGAGUCUUUGGAGGGCAAUAGCAGCCUCUCUGGGUGCUCUUUUCCUCUUCACAGUUUGGAGGCAGGCAUCUAUCCUCUCAAAGUAUGUCACAAGCAGAUGGGAUUUGCUAACAUGUCUGCAGUGCCUCAGCAAUUUAAGGUGACCCCUCAGAUAACGACCAUCUUUCCAACAUAUGGGUCUGCAUGUGGUGGAACAGUACUCACUGUGAAAGGGUUGGCUCUCAACUCUAGAAGGAGGUCAGUUCAGGUUGACCUUUCAGGCCCUUUUACUUGUGUGAUUUUGCGUUUUGAAGACCACACAGUUCUCUGCCGGAUCAACCUGGUAGGUGACUACUUGCCUGGAGCUUCCAUCACUCUACACGUCACAGUCCUGAUUAAUGGGAUAACCAGCAAAUGUCAAGGAAAUUGCAGUCUCUUCAUUCAGGAAGACACAACUCCUACUGUGGAUGUCUUGACUGUAAACAACAGUGGCUCUCUAACCACUGUGUUCAUGAGGGGUCAGAAGCUAGGCAUCACAGCUGAUAAGCCAGUGGUGUUUGUGGAUGAUCAACUUCCCUGUGAUGUAACUUUCUUCAAUGCUAGCCAUGUGGUAUGCCAGAUAAGCAACUUGACCCCAGGACUCCACUAUCUAUCAGCUGUUCAUACAAGUAGUGGGUAUGCUUGCUUGGGUAAUGUUUCCAGGUACUUUUCUAUUAUGCCUCAAGUGCUUGAUUACUUCCCUAAGACUUUCAGCAGACAUGGUGGAUGUCUUUUGGCCAUAGAGGGCACAGCCCUGAUGGGGCAGAAUACCACAUUAGUCUACAUUGGCCAGAAGGCCUGUCUGACAGUGGACAUCAGUUCUGAGCUUAUCCAGUGCAUUGUUCCUGCAGGGAAUGGUUCCAUUGCUCUGGAAAUAGAGGUGGAUGGAAUUUUGUAUCAUGUGGGAGUCAUUGGUUACAGCAAUGCCUUCACCCCAGAAUUGCUCUUGGCUUCUCAGAGUGGUGACAUCUUAACCAUUACAGUGGCUCAGAUCUCAGAAGCUGCAAAUGUUGACAUUUUUAUUGGGACUUCACCCUGUGUGGGUGUCUCUGGUAACCACACAGUUCUUCAGUGCAUGGCCCCUGUUUUACCUGCUGGAGAGUACCAUGUCAGAGGCUAUGACCACACCAGAGGGUGGGCCUCAUCUGUUCUCAUGUUCACAGUGAGAGUUACUGUUACAGCAGUGACUGAGAACUUUGGCUGUCUGGGAGGAAGGCUUGUGCAUGUGUUUGGAGUAGGAUUUUCUCCAGGGAAUAUCUCAGCUGCGGUGUGUGGUACUCCUUGCCAAGUCUGGGCUAAUGCUACAGUGUCCGCCUUCAGCUGCUUGGUUCCUCCCCUGGAUGUGUCCUUGGCUUUCCUGUGUGGCCUGCGGGGUGAGGAGGACAGCUGUAACAUCAACAGCCAUACCUAUGUGCAUUGUGAUUUGACUGUCACCAUGGGGACAGAGAGACUGCCUGAAGCAUGGCCUUACCUCUACAUUUGUGAAGAGAGUUCUCAGUGUCUCUUUGUGCCAGAUCACUGGGAGGAGUCUGCCCGUCCAUCAUUCUCAGGCCUUUUCAUCAGCCCUAAAGUGGAAAGAGAUGAAGUUCUCAUCUAUAAUAGCUCCUGUAACAUUACCAUGGAAACUGAGGCAGAGAUGGAGUGUGAGACGCCUAAUCAGCCAAUUACUGCCAAGAUUACUGAGAUACGGAAAAGCUGGGGCCAGAACACUCAGGUCAACAUUUCCCUUCAGUUCUGCCGGAGGUGGUCUAGGCGUCACAGCUGGUUUCCUGAAAGAGUUCCACAAGAUGGCGACAAUGUCACAGUGGAGAACGGCCAAAUGCUACUGCUUGACACAAAUACGAGUAUCCUCAACUUACUACACAUUAAAGGAGGCAAGCUGAUUUUUGUGGAUCCAGGACCCAUCGAGCUCAGUGCGCACUCCAUUCUUGUUUCGGAUGGUGGAGAGCUGCGGAUUGGAUCUGAGGACAAACCUUUCCAAGGCAAAGCUCAGAUCAAACUGUAUGGGAGUUCUCACUCUGCUGCCUUCUUUCCCUAUGGAGUCAAGUUCCUGGCUGUGAGGAGUGGAACUCUUUGUCUGCAUGGUUCACUACCAGAAGUAAUUGUCACCCAUCUUCGAGUAGCUGCCCAUGCCCAAGACACAGUGUUGGCUCUGGAAGACACUGUGGACUGGUACCCUGGAGAUGAAGUUGUCAUAAUCAGUGGAACAGGUGUUGAAGGUGCCCAACUGAUAGAAGAGAUUGUCAUUGUGGAGACUGUGCACAAUGCAGAUCUCCAUCUGAGGUUCCCAUUGAGAUAUUCUCACAACUUCACUGAGAACUGGGUGGCUGGAGAACGCCACAUUUUAAAGGCCACAGUGGCUCUGCUCAGUAGGAGUAUUACCAUACAAGGAAAUCUCACUAAUGAGAGGAUAGAGCUCCUCACUUCAUGCCAGGAGGUGAAUGCUUCACAAGGUACCCUUAAGGACUGUUUGUAUUCUAAGAGUGAGAAGAUGCUGGGAUCCAGGGAUCUUGGAGCUAGAGUCAUUGUUCAGUCCUUCCCAGAGGAGCCUAGUCUGGUUCAGCUGAAGGGAGUGCAGUUCCGAGACUUGGGGCAAGCUUUCCAUAAACAUCUGAGCUCACUUACUCUUGUGGGAACUCUGAGCGGUUCUUAUGUCCAGGGCUGCACAGUGAGGGACUCCUUCAGCAGAGGCCUCAGCAUGUACAGGACUCAGGGUCUGAGAGUGGACAGUAAUGUGUUUUACAAGAUUUCAGGUCAUGCACUGCUGGUGGGGAUGCACAUGGAGAUGAGACACCCCUCUUGGGAGACUAUUCCUGGAAGAAUACAUGAUUGGUCAGAACAGGGAAAUAUAAUAAGAAACAAUGUCAUCAUCAGUGUUUCUGGUGCCGAGGGGCUCUCCAGUCCUGAGGUGUUAACACCGUCUGGCAUCUAUGUCCGCACUCCCACCACUGUAAUAGAGAGGAACAGGGUGUGUGCUGCUGGCUAUGGCUACUUUUUCCAUCUUGUGACCAGGCAAACAUCGCAAGCUCCACUUUUCUCCUUCACUCAGAACAUCGCGCAUUCUUGUACAAGGUACGGUCUCUUUGUGUAUCCUAAAUUUCAUCCACCUUGGAAUUAUGACACUGGCCCUUCUCUGUUACAAAACUUCAUGGUUUGGGGAAGUGCAGGUGGUGCCAAG